AUGUUCGUUGCUUCAAGUCUCUACAACUACGGUAAGUCGGCUUCCGGCCAAGCGAGGGGCACGGAGAGCAUGAGAGCGGAAGUUUGCACUGACACGCGCGCCUUGACCUCCUCCCUCUCUGCUUUGACAUAAGCGAGAGGCAGCAAUGCGGCUGGUACGGCUGCUGUACAUAGCGAUCAUGAAUCAACACCAGCAGCCACCCGGGUCAAGAGGCAUCCAAAGAAGACUCCAGCCGCGCCACCGAACAGCCUUCCCACCUCGCCGCCACCUUCUUACGCAUCGGUCGCAGCGGGUCACGCCAGAGCAGGCGGAGUGACGGAACAGGAGAGUGGCAAGCCUGCAUGGACGCCUGCUGAGCUGGCCAAGAUUUCCGUGAUCGAUGGCAUUGCGGAGGAGGAGGACCUGUACAAAGUGCUGGGAAUCAGGAAGACGGCAAAGCAAGACGAGGUCAGGAGAGGCUUUCUGGCCAGAAGCAGGGUGUGUCAUCCCGAGUGAGUUGCGGUAGCAUGUCGAUCGGAGCAAAAUUGAUGCCCAGGUAUCGGUGCGCAUUGCAGAGCGAGAGAGUUGCUGACAAUGGCGGCAAAUUUCUUGCCCCUUGACAGUAAAUUGCCAUCCUAUCCCCCAUGCCAUGCUGCAUUUCAACGCGUCGCCCUCGCCUACCAGACCCUCUCUUCUCCGAGUGCUCGACGGAUGUACGAUGUGUCUGGUCGGGCAGACUAUGCGCAGGCUAUGGAUGCAAGCAGCCAUGCGGCUGCGAAUGGUGCGGGAGAUGAAACGCUGAACAGCGUCCUGUACUCCGUCUUCUGCGAGUUCUUGGAGGGAGACUUUGAGAUGAUCAGAGUCCUCGUUAGUGAGUGGUACGGCUAGUUACCUCUUCGCGGACCUUGUACUCACAGGUUAUGCCCCACCGCCACACUCAGACGCGAUGAAUGAAGGUAAUCCUGGUCUCAACCUAGGCGAGGAAGCAGUAGACUCGAUCGAGGGCGCUUUCCGACGCUUGCGACACGUGAUGCUGGGUGAGUGUGCCCAGGAGUCACAGAGCGUCGUAAUCGAAGCCUUAGCUGACACGGCGGAGAUGUGACCUCGCAUCAGCUGGCAAGCGAUAUCUCGGCGUCAUUCGCUUCGAGCUGAUCCGCUUGUACGAGAUCCAACAUUCGCUCCGGCAGCUCAGCUAUUUUGAUUUGUUCGGUCGACUGCGUCUCACACUUCAGCUCGCUCGUGUCACCCUCUCCAUACCGAUGGCCAUCGACACCGCGAUGAAGACUGGCGAGCCCGGCGAGGAUGCCAGCGGAGUAGGCAGCCAAGGACAACGCACCGGCAGGAACCGCAGAGAUGCGGGCAGACCCGAGUCCAACGAGUUUGGUAGCGAUGAAGACAGCGAGGAUGACGAGAGCGAUGUGGAGGAGAAGCUUGACGGAAGGUCGCGCCGACGGAACGCUGAUCAGUUCGGCGUCGUUUCUUCAAGCGACGAGUCGGGUGGAUCGGAUGCCGAUGCGAGAAGGGGGUCGAGUCAAAGCCAGAGGCGAGAGGCGCGUCAGGCGCGAAGGCGAGAGCGCCGCAAGCAGAGGAGAGCUCGUCGAGCAAGGCUGGAAUCUCACAACGACGAAGCGGAUCAGGAGCCAGGGAUGGCUGAUGGACAAUUGCAAAGAAGCGGGCUACUGGGUCCCACGGCUGCCACCUUGCUUGGCGGGGUGGUCAAGGUGCUUGAAACGAGCGAGUCUUGGGUUCCCGGUGCAUCUCGCCAGGCACAACAAGAUUGA